GAAAGCAUAAAAGUCGUUAAUAGAGUACGAUCUGAAAGUCGUUGACAGAGAGAGAAAGAAUGGAUGAUGGGUAUAUUGAAAGAGCGAUCGUAUGGCUUCAAGGCCUAUCAAAAGGCGUGGACACUCACGAGCUAGAGUCCAUCGCUCUAAGCGGCCUUUCAAUUGAUCACGCCGAGAAAGGUCUAGUCCGGUGCAAAUUCACCAUUACAGAUCUCGCUUGCAACGACGACGGAAACUGGAACAACGGAGCAAUCGCUAUCCUGAUCGACGACAUCUGUGCGGCCGCCAUAUGCACCGUUAUCGGCCACAUCAAAGUAUCGGUCGAUCUCAACAUAUCGUAUUAUACUCAGGCGAAGACUGGGGAAGAAGUAGAGAUAGAGGCAAAGGUCAUCGCACACAGCGGGAAGUUGUCGUCGGCGGUUGUUAAUGUAAAGAAAUGCGCAUCAGACAGUGGUGGAGUUCAGAUCGUUGCCAUGGCCAAGCAGUGGAUGAUCUCAGUGAUUAGACCGAAUCUUAGUAGCAUGUUAUGAUCGAUCGAUCACUGUGAACUCAUUAACGGUUUAAUUUCAGCAAUUUUAGUUCUGAUUUGUCAAAUCCAAUGAACAAGAUGAAGAUUGUUUGUUCCUCUGU